AUGGAAUUCUAUAAAUAUACUUGGGAUAUCAUUAAGUAUGAUCUUAUGCUUGUUGUGAAGGAAUUUGAGACUAUGGCAUGUAGUGGGGUUGUUUUUCUUCAUAAUUUUAGACCUAUUAAUCAACUUAAUUGGAAGUGUCUUAAUUCUAAAUUAUUGGCUGAAAUAAUUAAAUUGGUUAUGCAUUCUAUCAUUUCUGAUUUCCAGGGGCCUUUCGUGCAUGGAAGGCAGAUACAAGACGAAAUUCUAAUAGCUCCCGAACCUAUUGUUGCUAAGUUAAGGUCUAAUAAAACUGGUGUGAUUUAUAAGGUGGAUUUUGAAAAAGCAUUUGAUAAUGUAAACUGGAACGGUGUGGACAUAACUUUGGCUAAAUUUGGAUUUAGAAUGCUGUGGAGAAGCUGGAACAAAUAG